AUGCCUAGAAAAGUUCUCAUUGGAUUUGGCGUAGACGUUGAUGCAGUGGCUGGCUGGCUUGGGUCCUAUGGAGGAGAAGAUUCUCCAUUGGAUAUCUCACGAGGAAUGUACGCGGGAGAAGUCGGAGUGCCUCGCCUUCUGAAGCUGUUUGAUAAGUACAAGAUCAAAACAACCUGGUUCAUCCCCGGACAUAGCUUGGAGACAUUUCCAACGCAAAUGGAAACAGUUCGAGAUGCCGGUCAUGAGAUAGGUCUCCAUGGAUAUUCCCAUGAGAACCCUGUCUCUAUGACCCUAGAACAACAGCGAGAUAUUUUGGAUCAUACAUACAAGCUCCUUACUGAUUUUAAUCAUGGCGUUCCUCCGAAGGGCAGUGUCGCCCCUUGGUGGGAAACCAGCAAGGAGGGGACGACGCUGUUGUUAGAAAAGGGAAUUGAAUACGAUCACUCCAACAUGUCCCACGAUUCGCAGAUGUAUUAUCUUCGUGAUGAAGAUACGUGGACGAAGAUUGACUACCAGGCGAAAGCUCACACGUGGAUGAAGCCGCUGCAAAGGGGCAAGGAAACGGGGCUCGUCGAGAUUCCUGCUAACUGGUACCUUGAUGAUCUUCCUCCAAUGAUGUUCAUCAAGUCGAGCUCAAAUUCCCAUGGUUGGGUCAAUACUCGAGAUGUCGAACAGCUUUGGAAAGACACUUUCACUUACCUGUAUAGAGAAGAGGAAGAUUUCGUGUUCCCUCUCACGAUUCACCCAGAUGUCAGCGGUCGUCCACACGUGCUUCUUAUGCUGGAGCGUUUUAUUGAAUGGGUCAAUACCCACGAUAACGUACACUGGGUAACCUUACACGGUAUGGCUCAAGAAUUUCGAGCCACGAAAGAACCAGCACCAGGUGCCGUAAUGCCUAAAGGUUUUACACAGCGUCUGUGA